CGCCUCGGCUGGUCGAAUCCCAGCGUCGUACACAACACCGCUCACCCACAUCUCCGUUGACUAUGGACUCGACGCAUUUUGAGACGCGUCCACGCAAGAAGCGACGCUUCUUUGCUGAAGAUUCCUCGCCGGUGGUUCAGUCCAUACAAAGGUAUUCGUCCCCGCCCGCCGCAUCUCCGCAGUCGCCGCCCAAGGAGGUUGAGAGCCCGGUAUCUAUUCCCGAUGAUGGAGAGACCGGCCAAGAUGGAGACGAGAACGAUGAGUUUGCCGGAUUGCUACAAGCUGUCGUUGGUCGAGUUUCACGAGAAGUGCUGGACGCCCUCAAGCUUAGGAGUGGCGGAGAUGCUCAGAGAGCAAUCAACAUGUAUUUUGACCGCUCCUGGAAAACGGCAGCAGAACCUACGGCGCCCCUCCGGCAGCCCUCGUUACAGGCGUCACUCACCACGAAUAUGAACAGACAUGGCAGCGACAUGUCAAAUGCACCAAUGCUCUCCAAACCAUCCACACCACUAAACCCCAUACUAAAAUCGAUGCCUCCCAAACGAUACAUUGGCUCUUUUGGCGCUAUCGGUUGGGCAACCAAAAGUGGGACAGGUAUGCUGAAGCAUGAAGAACAUGUCGGUAUCGAACGGACAAAACUUCGGGAACCUGCGGGCAAGCGACGAAUAAUAAAUAACAAGAAACAAGAUGUUGUAGUGCGUUUCACGAACAACAGGGGCGAGGAGGUUGGAAGACUCGAAAACGAUUUUGCAGCGUGGAUAUCCUCUCUAAUGGACCAGAAAGUAUGCUCGUUCGAAGGUACAUGCGUAUACGUACCCGAUCGGGUAAGGACAGGCGAUACCAUAUACUUACAGCUACGCUGCUAUAUGCUUCGAAGCGCAUUCGACAAGCGGAAAUUCGUUAAACCCGACAACAACCGCUCCGUCAGCCUCUUUGCGGAGAAGGAAAGCCAGGACGAGAAAGACUUGCGGUUGCGGCAGGUGGCUUUGGUGAAGCUGUUCGAGGCGAUCAAUUUGCAGCCUACACGGGCGAACGAGAAUGCGGAGAAGUAUAAGCGGCAAGGCCUGCUUCAAGCUGCGGAGAGUGCCGAGAAUAACGAACAAAAAUCAAAAGCAAGGAAUGGCGCUACAGGAGAGGCGGGCUCAUCACCCGCCUCGGAAUCGGAGGAAGGGGAGGAGUUGGAACAGGACCAACUUGAUUCACUCUACAAGAAGGCUCAGUCUUUCGAUUUCAAUACCCCUGAGAUGACUCCUGCAGAUACCUUUGCCAUGGACCUGCGGAAGUACCAGAAACAGGCCCUGUAUUGGAUGGUUGGUAAAGAAAAGGAUGAGAGUUUGAAGCAUAAGGAAGAGUCCAUGCAUCCGUUAUGGGAAGAAUACGAAUGGCCAACAAAGGACGCAAACAAUGACCCAGUUCCCGUGGUUGACGAUCAGAAGAUGUUCUACGUGAACCCCUACUCCGGAGAACUUUCCGUUGAGUUCCCUCGACAAGAACAGAACUGCUUGGGUGGAAUACUGGCGGACGAGAUGGGUCUCGGAAAGACGAUCGAGAUGCUCAGUCUGAUACACACUCACAGGAACGAGCCUGCGCGGGACCAUACAUCGCAUACAGUCCACACUCUACCACGGUUACCAAAACACAGCGUCGACGUAGAGAAAGCCCCAUAUACCACGUUAGUCGUGGCGCCAAUGUCGCUGCUUGCUCAAUGGGCUAGUGAAGCCGAAAAAGCAUCGAAAGAGGGCACUCUCAAAGUCAUGGUCUACUAUGGAUCCGAAAAGUCCGUCAACCUACAGAGGCUAUGCUGCGAGGCCAAUGGUGUUAAUGCACCAAACGUCAUCAUUACCAGUUACGGUACCAUACUUUCUGAAUUCAACCAGGUGUCUGCUAUGGACGGAAACAGGGGUUCCCACGGGGGUCUCUUCUCGGUGGACUACUUCCGGAUCAUCCUAGAUGAAGCUCAUUACAUCAAGAACCGUCAAUCUAAAACAGCAAAGGCUUGUUAUGAGCUUAUGGCGACACAUAGGUGGGUGCUCACUGGCACCCCUAUCGUCAACCGACUGGAGGACCUGUUCAGCUUGGUCCGUUUCCUCAAGGUGGAGCCUUGGAGCAACUUCUCCUUCUGGAAGACGUUCAUUACGGUGCCUUUUGAAUCAAAGGACUUCCUCCGAGCUCUUGAUGUUGUACAGACAGUGCUGGAACCCCUAGUCCUUCGCCGGACGAAAGAUAUGAAGACGCCGGAAGGCGAAGCUCUCGUACCUCUACCACCCCGCACAAUCGAAGUGGAGAAAAUCGAGCUUUCUCAAGACGAGCGCGACGUCUAUGAACAUAUCUAUCUGCGGGCAAAGCGUGUCUUCAAUGCGAACGCAGACGCUGGAACACUACUGAAAUCAUAUACCACGAUCUUUGCCCAGAUUCUCCGCCUCCGGCAAUCAUGCUGCCAUCCAGUCCUUACACGGCAUCAGGGGAUCGUGGCCGACGAGGAAGACGCGGCUCUAGCUUCUGAUUUGGCCAAAGGACUCGCCGAUGAUAUGGAUCUCGGCUCACUCAUCGAACGCUUCACAACCGACGGCGAGCAAGACGUAAACCGCUUUGGCGCCCACGUGCUGAAGCAAAUCCAAGACGAAGAGCACGCCGAAUGUCCUAUAUGCUCUGAGGAACCCAUGGUCGACCAAGCCGUCACGGGGUGCUGGCACAGCGCCUGCAAGGAAUGCCUCCUGAACUAUAUCAACCACCAACGCGACAAGGGAAUAACACCCAAUUGCUUCAACUGCCGCGAACCCAUCAAUGCGCGCGACAUUUUCGAAGUCAUACGACACGACCACAUUUCUCCUACCGAUAACGACAACAUCCGCAGCGAUAACCCGUCUAGUGGCACGCAGCAGACCCCCCGCGUCUCUCUCCGCCGCAUUGGCAUCACCGGAUCCGCGAAGACCCAGGCGCUUCUCACCCACCUCAAGCACCUGCGGCGCACCUCCCCAACCACAAAGUCCGUCAUCUUCUCUCAGUUUACCUCAUUCCUGGACUUGAUCGAACCCGCCCUGGCGAGAGACCACAUCCCCUUCCUCCGUUUCGACGGCUCCAUGUCUCAGAAAGCGCGCGCGGCUGUCCUCGAAGAGUUCAGGUCGAGUAACAAACCCUACGUUUUGCUGCUGAGUUUGCGGGCAGGGGGUGUGGGCCUGAAUCUGACAUGUGCGCAGCGGGUGUUCAUGAUGGACCCGUGGUGGAGUUUCGCGGUGGAGGCGCAGGCGAUUGAUAGGGUGCAUCGGAUGGGGCAGGAGGAGGAGGUCAAGGUGGUGAGGUUCGUGGUGCGGGGGAGUAUAGAGGAGAAGAUGUUGAGGAUUCAGGAGAGGAAGAUGUUUAUUGCUGACUUUGGUAGUGCGAGUUCGUUGGGGAUGAUGAGUGAUGAGGAGAAGAGGAUUCAGAGGAUUGAGGAUAUCAAGGAACUGCUCAGCUAG